CCCAUAUACAUGGUCCAUGUAUGAGUAGACCUUUACAUUAUCAUCCUUCAAUAGUUCAAUUAUAGCAUAAACUUUCUCCAAUGGCAGCCGUCUCAGCUUCUACUUUCAUGACGUCACUCAGCACAAACUCCAUACCAGCAAGGAAAUUGUCCUCUCUCUCUUCCUCCAACUCAGUUUUCUUCACCAAUAACAUAACUAAUCGGGCCGGAGUCGGGCUCUCGGUGGCCUCUCCCAGGAGAGCUAAGAGAAGGGGGCUGUCCUGCAAGUGCCUCUUCGGACUUGGGGUUCCGGAGCUCGUCGUCAUUGCCGGCGUGGCGGUGCUCGUUUUCGGGCCGAAGAAGUUGCCUGAAGUUGGCCGUAGCAUUGGCAAGACUGUCAAGAGCUUUCAGCAGGCUGCAAAGGAAUUCGAGACAGAGCUGAAGAAGGAUGGAGAAUCAUCUGCAGAGCCGUCUGGCGAGAAGAUUAAAACUGCCAGCGAGGACAAGCAGCAAGAAGCUCAAGUUCCAAGCACGAAAGAGAGUUCUUAAAUUUCCUUAAAUGUGUUGUACUUGUCGUGUACUUGGAAGUUGUUGCAGUUACUUGUUUCUUUUUCUAUGAGCACCAAAAUUUUUGGAUACAAAUUGACUAUGAGUGUAGUGCUAUUAAAUUAAACGAGCCUGACUCGGCUCGUUAAGGCUCGAGUUCGGCUCGAGCUCGAGCUCAUUUAAAGCUUGUUUGGAGCUCGGCUCGAUAAGACUCGAAAAGAGAGUUUUUAUAUAAUUUUCCAAAGUUCAGCUCGUUAAUAGUGAUAAAUGAGCGGAGCUCGAGCUCGAUUUAUGGCUCGUUUAGCUCGGCUAGUUUACAGGCCUAUGAGUGAGUGACUGUCAGUGGUUGAUUAUACCAUUUUCGGGUAAACUGCGCCAAACCCCCCUGUGUUAUGCGAAAUAGGCGCGUUACUACCCUGUGUUUUAAAAAAUGCAUAACACCCCCUUGUAUUAGAGUAAUCGAUGCACACGCUCCCUUUUUUUAUUUGUCCAGUUAACGGAGUUAAUUUUUUGCUGAAAAUCCCGUUAUACCCUCUGAAUUUUUUAUAUAUAUUUUUUAUAAAUUGAAUUUAUCACGAUAUUUUAAAAAUAUAGCGAUAAAUUGGCUUAAAAAAAUUUGCAACCCAUGAGGUCCAAACCCAAGACCUCAUGGGAGGAUAGGAGCAUUGCUACCACCCCACCAAUCCAACUUGUAUGUUAGAUUUAAG